ACCUGACAAGUGCCGCUCAACAAUCAGCUUGCAUGAUCUUGUCUUUGUCAGAGCGGUCCCUUUGUGGUAUCCGCGCAAAGCGCACCUUUCAAGAUUUCAUUCGCCACAACACAUUAAGAAGAAAACAAGAACUGCUCGGCAUCGAAUUCGUCCGAUCGUGCCUUCUCUGAAUAGAUUUGCGCGAGAGUUCUCUUGUCUUCACUCGCCGACCAUUAUCACUUUACUUUUUCUUGUAUUCGACGGUAUGCUAUGAAACAUAGAUGAAAUAAUUUUGGAACUUGCUACCUGUUCUUGCCGACUUAUGACAGCUUUAUGAUCGUGCUCAUCUACCUUUGGUUACAUAGUCCUCACGGCAGCAAGCAGACAGGUUGCUAGUCGAAGCCGUUGUAAGUAUGUAUGAUGAAAUGCCUAAAUAGACUUUUUAAACCGUUUCAAAGGUACUGUUAUAGUCACAAGACGGCCUAAACUCAAUCGUUGUCGAGAUUCCCUCCAAACACCCGGAUACAUUCCUACAAACAACAACGCAAAGCCUAUUUAUUUUACUCAAGAGCCGAUCAAAUUUGAAGAAGGCCAUCGAGGUUUUGAGUGGUUGUACAAGACUUUUGGAAAUCAUACCCAUAAAACUGAAUGAACCACUGCAGAUUUUAUCACUUGAGAACAGACUAUGGGAAAAGUUUGCAGUAAGGCUCACGGAUUGAGGUACGCCGAUGAUGAUUAUUUUAUCGGUACAAGACUUGGCCCAGAAGGAAAAUGCUUGAGCUCUGAAGAGUCAAUAUGCCAGUCAGACUGUAACAGUGUGUUAAAGUUGAAAAGUGAAGAAUGCUUUGAAACUAGCAGUGGAUACAAGUACACAUGCACAGAACCUUUCAAGGAGCGUGGUAGUUUAUUUGGUGCUGGCAAGCCCUCAGAUAUCGAGGACUGUGACUUGAUUGUCGAUCUCCCCCCAGAGGGCCAGAAAGAUGACAAAUUAUUAAUAACUGAAGUCGAGACUCCGAUGAAAACAGAUGCUGAGGACCAAAUAAGAUUCCAGAAAACGGAAGAAGUAAAGGAUUCUUAUUGUCAAGCAAAACCAAAUCGAAACGAAUGGUCUUACACAGUUUAUGAUAUUGAUGGAGGUUCGAAAGUAACUCAACAGGACCUGUCUCAAGUGAUGAAUUCAAUCCGAACAGCAAUCGAUGAGACCGUAGACCACAGUGCUCAAACUCCUUCGAAAGAUAUGAAAAUGUUGAAAAUCAAAGUAGCGAUUGGUCAUCAUGAGAAUCAUCAUGAGAACAGUGGAAACAAAAGCGAAAAAAAGCCACAACUCGGCUUCAACAGAAUGUUACUGCCCCCUCCGGAUUCCGAGGAAGCUGAACUACUUUGUUAUUACAUUAGGGAAAAGCUCCUCACGUAUGCUAACCAAGAAAAGAAUUCAACUCGCGAAACAUCACAGGAGCGGAAGCGCUCUAAGCCAAGAGUUCGUGAGGGUAGCAAUAGUCGUUCACCUGACAUUUCGUCGGACGCUCUGCAAGGAAAUGAACGGAGAAAAGUUUCUCCUUUUAAAACUGAUAACGAGAUGUUAUUAAAUGAUGGACUAAAAGAAACGAACUUUACGUCACCGACUCCACCAGUUUGUUGUCAAAGUAAGCGGGAUUCGAGUGCUGCAAAUGACCUGCGGCAUCCUCAACUGAAUCGUCCUUUUUAUGGUUUACCUCAGCGGCAAGACACUUAUGGCGGACCAGUAGAUACACAAACAGAGCGAGUACGGUGUCGUUCUCGACAGACCUGCCCGCCUUCUAGUGGAACGCGCUCUCCGCAAAUUUUUAUGAAUGAUAUAGAGCCACGUGGUUGGACAUCGGAUCAUUCGUAUGAAGCGACAAACCAAGAGCGUGUGACAGCUUCCAAGCACUCGUCAUUUUGUCAUAAAGAUGCUUAUCGAGAAUCAAGAGAGGGGGGCAGUCCUCGAAAAUCUAAACGGGCGACUCGCAAAGGGCAAUCAGAAAAAAUUAAAGGCCAGACAUCUUCAUGUGGCCGGAUUGACCCUUUUCAGGCACCACCCUGGAGUGUGCCGAGAGAACGAAGAUCCAACCCGUCGAAAGUCUGUCCUUGCAAAUACCGCGGAGGGCGUUAUUCGAGAGACAAAAAAAGAAAUCCUAGUACUUCGAUAGACAGAGACGAAUCUACAGACACCAUGUCCACACACACUGGUGUCGUUACCGCGGCCACCACGAAAAGAAACGAAUCUCCUUCUCGUGACGAGGUUUUCUUGCGUGAUGACGUAGUUUCAAGUGAUGGAGCGAAUUCACGUGACGAGAAAGUAGCUACUCGUACGGAAUCGAAUAUUUAUCAGCGAUCUCGCCAUGAGAGCGGGUCAUCAGCUGAUAGUAGGACAGAUGAAGGAGUACUGUUAUUCACAGACCUGAGGACAGAUAAAACAAAUGCCAUUAAAGAAAAAUCCACUUCCGAUUCCCGCAAUUGUUCUAGUUUACGAUUGGGCGAAGACGCAACAGCGUCCUGUAGUUCAGCGAUGCAAAACGCUCGGUUAGAAGGGAGUAAGUCACUUGACGAUUUUAGCAAACCACGUAGAAAUAUUCCAGUUGUUGACAAUUCGAGUAAUGAAAGUUCGACUGAAGUUAGUCAUAGUUCAUCAUGGAAAGAUCAAAUAUCUUUUGGAACAAAUAACACUUGUCAUAGGUUUGUUCAUGAAUGGAAUGAUGAUGUUGAGCUCAGCACGAGUAAUAUGAUGAAUAUGAUGCAGGAGCAAGAAGCACGAAUCCAUAGUGGGUCGCAAAGCCCGCGAACGCAAGACAUCAACAUGAUGUCAAGUAAAAACCAAGUACAUAAGCAUGAACAUUAUCAUUAUCAUUACCAUAUUUUCAAGCGAAGCUAAGAUGCUUCUUUAUUUAUAGCACGAUAAAUUAUAUUUUUAACGUA